AUGGCGGCCUAUCCUGAGGCAAGCGAUUUCCUUUGUUUCUGCUUGGAACGUGCAAAUGAAUUUUCCAAGCGAGACUGGAUCGCCUCCCUCACAUUGCUGACAGUAAGGAAGCGCUUCAGCAUAGCCCUACCACAGUUUCAGGAAUACAGCCAGCUUUUGGUAUCGAGAGCUGACGUGCACUUCCAUGACAGUGUGCACUUGCUGCUCCAUCGGUAUGGCGUUCUCGGAUAUGCUCCAGCUGUUUGGCAGUUGCUUCCGCUGAUGGUGGCCCGGGUGCCUUUGAUGACCCCGAAGCAAAUCUCGCUUUGCGCCUGGGGCCUUGGGAGAACAUUGGUCCACGAUGAUGAAGCUUGGACAACACUCGGAGCUGCCCUUUGCGACCAAGCACGUGAGUUUGCACUUGCAGAUUUGGCAAUGUAUGCUUGGGGGCUGGCAGCGGUCGACCGUGUUUCGCCUUCAGAGAUUGUGGUGCUGAAAGAAUCGGUUCGCAAUCAGCUUCUUGGGCAAACUCUGCCAGAGUCGAGCCACAAUCUCUGCAUCCUGUUGAAGGCUGUUGGCAAGCUCACACCUGACGACCGGCGCUUCCUUGAGUGGCUCCUGCUGCUUAUGCUUGAGGCCAUGGAGACACGAACCAUUUCCUUUUCUGCACAAGGCUUGACUGGCAUUUGGGCAGCAUUAGGCAUGUUGAAAUGGCGGCCCGAGGAUCGCAUGCUGGAGGUUCUUUGCGAGGAGUCGCGGCGCCUGCGCUUGGAUCACACCUUCAAUCAAGACAUGGCCGCAGAGCUGGCGCGGGCGCUUCUUGUGUUGGAUGUGGAUGAUGCUCGGCCCGUCUAUCAAGUCGCAGACUACGUUGCAAGGCGCGGGCUAUCCUUGCGAGCUGAUACUCUGUUGGUGUUGGCGGAGUUUUUUGCAGCAAGGCAAGUCAAUCACGAUGUUGCCUGGAAGAGACUGGGAGUGCGCGCCCAGCAACGUGGCGUGGAUCUGCGGCUGCGUGACAUCGACCGCCUGGUCGUAGCUUUCCGGCGUGCAGGGCGCGGCAAUCAGCGCAUUUACGGUAUGCUGAGCUUAUUUCUCCGGCUGCGCGAAGACCAGGCGAAGUAUGGCGCGGCUUGA